AUGUCCUCGACCCUUCCUCCUGCUGCCCAAGCCGCGUCUCAGGCCGCCCUCAAAGCAGCCAUUGAGCAGACCUCUCAGCUAGAAGCUGGUGAGAUCGAGGAGGGCCAAGACGUCGUCCUCGACCCCGCUAAAUUUGAUGAAAUGCGCACUGUCUUUUCAGACCCCCAAACUUUCAACGUCAAGCAUCCCCUCUACUCUGCAUGGACCCUUUGGUUUGAUUCUCCAAACACCAAGGGCAAAACCCUCCCUCAGACCCCAGCGACCUCAGUGCCCCCAACCCCGGGUGGGGUCCCACCGACUCCAGGCGCUCUCAGCUGGAUGGACGAUAUUAAACGUCUCAUCAAGUUUGAUUCUGUCGAAGAGUUUUGGGGGCUUUAUAAUAACAUCAUCGCACCGUCUAAAUUGCCUCCCAAAGCCAACUAUUACCUGUUCAAGGAUGAUAUCUUGCCGGCAUGGGAAGAUGCAGCCAAUAAAGAUGGUGGAAAAUGGAGUGUGCAACUCCCUAAGGAUAAGAACCGUGCUCGGAUUGACGAAAUGUGGCUCUACACAAUGCUCGCCGCGAUUGGCGAAACUUUCGACCCUGCCCUCUCCAAAGCCGCUGACCCAAAUUCGACCACUCCCCCUCCAACCUCCUUGAUCACGGGAGUAAUCGUUUCUUCUCGACCUCAAUUCUACCGAGUAUCCAUCUGGACGCGCCUUGCCCCUGGCCUGGGAGGAACCCCCUCCAACCAGUAUGAAACCGAGGAAGCGAUUAAACAACGGAUUGAACACAUUGGACGGCACUUCAAAACUGAGGUCCUCGGGUUCCAUGAAUCGGCAAAGAUCGGAGGCCCACUGGCUACCGAAGUCGAGUUUGCGAGCCACAAGGAUAGUGAGAAGAAGGGCUCGAAAGGGAAAAAAUGGGUUAUCUGA